UUUCCAAGUGCGGGUGGGUGAUCCUGGGAAUGCCGUUCACGCGCCACAUGUGGGUGUAACUUGCCUGCCUCUGAAACUUCCUGUUGCAGCCCAGUGGCCAAAGUGGUGAAUCACCCGGCUGCUGGGCCCCUCCCCUCUUAAAAACACACAAAGCCAGGGUUUGGCGUGGGACAGCCUGGCCUUAGGAAGCCAGCCACCCCUCUGAGCAAAGCCGCUAGGACCUCGGCCCCAGCAAAGCUGGCUUGGACCUCAAUCCCUACCGCCAGGACUCUGCAAGUGGAGAGUGGAAUAUAGCUUCAUUGGAGUGCUGGGUCCCAUCUGUGGUGGCAGUCUGACUGCUUCGGGGAGGUUUAACCCCAGCCUCUCCAGGAGAUGGCUGCCAUACGGAAGAAACUGGUUAUCGUGGGAGAUGGCGCCUGUGGCAAGACCUGCCUCCUCAUCGUCUUCAGCAAGGAUCAGUUCCCAGAGGUCUACGUCCCCACCGUCUUCGAGAACUACGUGGCCGACAUCGAGGUGGACAGCAAACAGGUGGAGCUUGCGCUGUGGGACACAGCUGGCCAGGAGGACUACGACCGCCUGAGACCCCUGUCCUACCCUGACACGGACGUCAUCCUCAUGUGCUUCUCCAUCGACAGCCCUGACAGCUUGGAAAACAUCCCGGAGAAGUGGACCCCGGAGGUGAAGCAUUUCUGUCCCAACGUGCCCAUCAUCCUGGUGGGCAACAAGAAGGACCUGCGCAAUGAUGAGCACACGCGCCGGGAGCUGGCCAAGAUGAAGCAGGAGCCGGUGAAGCCGGAGGAGGGCCGGGACAUGGCCAACCGGAUCAGCGCCUUCGGGUACCUCGAGUGUUCGGCCAAGACAAAGGACGGGGUGCGCGAGGUCUUUGAGAUGGCCACACGGGCUGCCCUGCAGGCCAAGCGCGGGCGCAAGAAGACCUCCUGCCAGCUGCUGUAACUCCCCCUGCUCCCACCAGGCCCUCCCUCUGACCCCUCCCACUUGGGGGGCAGGGGCUCAGGGCCCCUCAUCACAGCCCCACGGCUCCCCGGGCAGAGCUGCCCAUCUCCUCUGGCUGCUGGAGCCUCCCACAGCUGUUUGGGGGGGGUUCGUGGCACAGCCCCCUCAAUCCCACCCCUGGGGGGGCUCCCAGCCUCUCUCCUGGAAUGGUUUGGGAGGGGGGGCUGCCCCAUGGCAGCUCCACUGCCUCCUGGCAGCUCUGCCCCAGCCCUUCCAGUCCCCCACUCAAUUGGAGCCUGAAAUCACAGGGCUGCCCUGCCCCUUGUGACCCACAGCUCCCUGCUGGGGGGCUCAGUGCUGCAGGUGUCAGCCCUCUACUGUGCCUCCCAUUGGCCAUGGGAGGGCUGGAUCACAGCAUGGUGCCCCUUGCUGGGCUUUGCCCCCAGGGUGGGGGAGUGGGCGCUGCCCCCUGCUGUACAGAUUUCUUCCUCCUAUUUAUCUCUUGCCAAGCGGGGGGCCCCCCCAGAGAACUCUAUAUUUUUAUGCAGAGGCGCUGCGGGCCGCUUUGCCCGUGGAGGGCACCUGGCUCCCCCCACCCCCCUCGGGUCCCGGGCCCUCCGCACUAGCAAGUGCCACGGGCGGGGCGCUGUAGGCGCCCGUCCGCUCUGUACUCCCGGGGACGGUGGUUGUUAUUUUCAACUGUACUUGAAAGACAGACAGCUCUGUAAUAAAUUUGUAGCAAUGUUUAGUA